GAAGCGGCAGCAGGCAGCGUCCAAGGCAGAAAUAGCUCCUGCGCGAUUCACUGGAGCCGUCCCGGCUCCCCGGGCUGGCACGUCCUGAUCUCCACUGCUGCAGAGGCCGCCGCGGGGACUGGAAGCACCUUCGCCCGGACCACACUCUCCGCGCAGCGCGAAGAGAAGCGGCGGAGGCCACUCUGCGCCCGGACGCCUCAGCGCCCCCUUGGGCUCGGGCUCGCCCCCGGGGGUGAAGGGUCGUGAUGCCAGGCCCCGCUUCUCCCCGCGUGGCCCGGGGGGCCUUGGGCGCCUGGCUGCUGGGCAGCCUCUGGGUCUGGACUCUGGGCGGCCUGUGCGGCCUGGGGGCGGCGGGCUUCCCGGGGGCGCCGCGCCCGUGCCAGGCGCCGCAGCAGUGGGAGGGGCGCCAGGUUCUGUACCGGCAGAGCACCGGGCGCAACAGCCGCGCCCUGUUCUCCUACGACGGGCUCAACCAGCGCGUGCGGGUGCUGGACGAGAGGAAGGCGCUCAUCCCCUGCAAGAGAUUAUUUGAAUAUAUUUUGCUCUAUAAGGAUGGAGUGAUGUUUCAGAUUGAACAAGCCACCAAGCAGUGCUCAAAGAUCACCCUGACGGAACCCUGGGAUCCUCUUGACAUUCCUCUGAACUCCACCUUUGAAGACCAGUACUCCAUCGGGGGGCCCCAGGAGCAGGUCACCGUCCAGGAGUGGUCUGACAGAAAGUCAGCCAGAUCCUAUGAAACCUGGAUUGGCAUCUAUACAGUCAAGGAUUGUUAUCCUGUCCAGGAAACCUUUACCAAAAAUUACAGUGUGAUAUUGUCCAUGCGGUUUUUUGACAUACAGCUGGGCAUUAAAGACCCCUCAGUGUUUACCCCUCCGAGCACGUGCCAGAUGGCCCAGGUGGAAAAGAUGAGCGAGGACUGCUCCUGGUAGUCUGCGAAGGCAGAAGUGACAGCAAUGAUGUCAGCCGCCUGUGGCCCCAGCUGGAGACUGACUUGAGACUGUUUGGGGUGAGAAUCUUCAUUGGAGAUAAAUAUAAUCUUAGGAAGGUAUACAUUGAUGUGGAUUUUUUGUAUGUUAGGUUUACAGAAGAGAAUUGAAUGGAGAGGACGUGUGAGCUGACUAGAUGAUUAAUAUGGACACCAGGUACUGCCAAAGCCUAUGUGGGUCUGGGCUUUCUGUGUGUGCAGGUGUAUCCGCAGUGCAGUGCCGUGCAAAGGGGAGGGGGUCUUGGCCAAGGAGGAGCAUUUUAUUGCUGCCAUCAUUGAGAAUGGGUGAUAAUAAGAAGCAGAAUGAUUUUGGCCAGUUUUGUUAUUAAUUCUUAAGUUCUCUGCAGAGAAGUCCCCCUUUACUGCUGCACCAGAGUGGCGGGCUGCUCCCUGCCCCCACCCACCCUGCCCUGCACUUCCUUGGCCACCAAUAAAAUGAUCCCUUAAAAUUCCUUCCAGACUUAAGAGCUUUAUGGCAUAACCCAACAGAUGUAAGUAUUUUUGGAAGACUAUAAUGCUAAAUAAUUAUUCCUAUAAAGAGACAUUUUAAGCAAGAGGGUUUGGAAAAUCCUAAUGUCUACACCUGGUUAAGCGUGAGCCACGUAUGCUUCCUUUUUUCUAUGCAAGAGUUUGGUAUAUGUGCUGAAUCUUCAUAUAUUUGUCAAUUGACAGGCAGUGUUCUGUAUAAAAUAACACUGAAUUGGGAGUCAGGAGACUAUUGUCUGCUAAGUCCAGGACUAGAAUUCCCUUGUACUCUAACUCCUUUGGUUAUUUAAUGCACUAGGCUUGCCCUCACCUUGGCCUUCCCGGGACACCAUUUCACAACCUCUAUGUCUGUCUGACUUCUGCUCCUCCUUCCCAGGUCAGCUCACUCACAAGGCUGCUCCCAAGCCUGGAUGAGUUGCACCUUGCAGCUUGAGCAUGCAUUUCUCACAAUACUUACUAUGCUGUGUGACAAUUUCCUGCUUCCCGGACACUGUCAUCCACUGUCCUGGCUAUAAGCGUUUUGAGUACGGGUACUGUGUACUGUUUACUUUUAUAUCCCUAGCACCAAGCAAGUGCCUGGCACAUGGUCAGUGCCCUAAACAUCUGUAGAGUGGAGAAGGCUAGCCUCUCUGGUCCUUAAUUUCCUCACCUGUUAAAUGGGGUUGAGUUUGUUGAUUGCUAGGGAGACUUCCAGUAAUAAAAUUUAUUAUCUUA